AUGGCCACAAUUCCAAGGAAGCUGUGGGAGCAUCCCAACCCCGAAAAGACACAGAUGUAUGAGUUGAUGCAGCGUUUGAACAAUAAGUAUAAUCUGAGUCUCAAGACAUUCCAAGAGCUGUAUCAGUAUUCUACCUCUAAACGUUCCGACUUUUUCUGCGAGGUCUUUGAGUAUGUAAACCUACUUUACACUGGCUCAUACAACAGAGCUGUAGAUGAGAGCAGGCCAAUCGACACUAUCCCACCUUGGUUUGAGGGAGUACACGUCAAUUGGGCAGAGAAUAUUCUGUGGUCUCGCAAGUCUCGAGAUCCCACCGAUCAUCAUGGCAUGAUAGGAAAAGAGAAUUCUAAGAUCGCCGUGACCGAGGUUCGGGAGGGCGUGACCGAAACCAGGCAUGUCACAUGGGUUACACUACGAAAACUCGCAGCUCUUUACGCAUCUGCUCUUCACGUCGGCGGUGUAAGAAGAGGAGACCGAAUAGCUGUCGUUGGUUCCAACAGUGUAGAGACCCUUGUCCUCUUCAUCGCCACGGGAUGGUUGGGUGCCAUCUUCAGUAGCAGCUCGACCGAUAUGGGAGUCCAAGGGAUAUUGCAGAGGACUGUUCAGAUCAACCCUAAGUACAUCUUCAUGGACGAUGCAGCUCUUUACAACGGCAAACGUGUGGACUUGCGUCAGAAGAUGGCUGGCAUUGUCUCGGGAAUGGAGAGCUGUACUAAUUUCUCAGGUCUGAUCUCGAUCCGACGCUUUAGAGAUGCCUUGGAUAUAAGCAACAUCCCAAAGGCGCAGACCCUGGAAUCGUUCAUUGAUAAAGGCGACGCAGUGUUGCCCCCGCCAAUCAUUCGGAUUGCCUUUCACGAACCAUUCCUCAUCUGUUACUCGUCAGGAACGACCGGUGUUCCGAAAGCGAUAGUACACUCCGUCGGCGGUGGUCUUAUGAGCCUCCUCAAAGAAGGCCGUCUUCACGAAGAUGGUCGGCCAGACAGCGUCGCGCUGCAGUAUACGACUACGGGCUGGAUUAUGUAUCUCGUGUCAGUAACCUAUCUACUUAUCGGUGGUCGAUGCGUCUUAUAUGAUGGAUCCCCUUUCCAGCCAGACCUUCAAACUUUUGUCAAGUUGAUUGGCGAUCAGAAAGUCACAAAAUUUGGAACUAGCCCUCGAUGGUUUUACGAGAUCGCUAGGGCGGGAAUCUCGCCAAGGCAAAUCACGGAUCUAUCGAGUUUACGGGUUGUGACGAGCACCGGCAUGGUACUUCCAGAGCAGACAUUCGAAUGGUUUUACGACAAGGGAUUUCCGGCCCAGGUUCACCUUAGCAACAUAUCUGGAGGAACUGACAUUGCUGGCUGUUUCGGAUUAGGCAACCCACUCACUCCGGUUUACGUGGGAGGAACUCAAGGGCCAUCUCUUGGAGUCAAGAUAGCAUUGUACGAUUCACUACUCCCUCCUGGCCCUGGAAAGGAAGUUCCAGAUGGAACACCCGGAGAGCUUGUAGCCACAGAAUCGUUCCCCAACGUGCCACUUUAUCUAUGGGGUGAUAAAACUCCUGUAGGAGUGCCUGGGUCCAAGUUCCACUCCUCCUAUUUCGCUAGGUACGAUCAUGUAUGGGCACACGGAGAUUUCUGUGUGUUCCAUCCGGUCACGAAGAACCUCACCUUCCUCGGAAGAGCCGAUGGCGUUCUGAAUCCCGGUGGUGUCCGCUUCGGCUCCGCGGAAAUCUACAAUGUUCUUGAGAGGAACUUUGCAGAUCGGGUGGCUGACUCGAUAUGUGUGGGACAAAGACGACCUCAAGAUAACGAUGAGAGUGUAUUGUUAUUCUUACUCAUGCGACCCGGCCAUAAAUUCGACGCGAAGCUAGUGAACGAAGUCAAAGAGGCUAUCGGGAAAGAAAUGACCAAGAGGCACGUGCCUAAAUAUGUGUUUGAGACUCCCGAGAUACCCACUACGGUUAAUCUCAAAAAGGUUGAGCUGCCGGUGAAGCAGAUCGUGUCAGGCCAAAUAAUCAAGCCAAGCGGCACACUGCUCAACCCCAAAAGUUUAGAUUACUAUUACAAGUUUGCCAAGGUUGAAGAGCUAACCAAUCCUAGAGCAAAGCUAUAA